UCGGAAUAUUAUUCAUAUACCCUUUCUAGACGGUUUUUAGUACGCAUGAAAAAGGAUUGAAUUAAAGUACUGAACGGGUGUAAUGUUGCACCAAUAACGGAUAAUAAUGUUCAAUAACUUUAAGUUUCUAAUCAGCUUAAACAAGUUUUAAAAACAAAACAGUAAUUCAAAACAGUUUCAUCGAGAUCUUCAGGUGAUUUAGAGAGAAAACACCUAGUGUUUAAGAGCGUUUUAUAUCCUUACUGUGGUCGAGUUGUAAUGUCACAGAAAAACGAGAAUGGGUCUGGAAUUUCAUCACAUCUGGAGGAAGAUACCACAGGUGACACGGUGAACGAGUACGUUUCGAAAAACAGCAGGAAAGAAGUUAUAUCUAGUAAGCAAAGUGAUGGUGAAACUCAAACUAAGAAUACAUAUAUCGUACAGGUAGUACACGAAGAAAUGGACAUCGUGAAUGACCCGAGUAGACCAGAAAUAAGUAUCCGGCAUAACCGCGUGGAAACUGGGGCGGACGAGGAUGCACGAGGAAUCGAGCCGAAAAUUGGUCAUCUGACCAAUCUUCCCCCAAAAUCGAAAGAUGAAAUAAGGGGGAGAAUCAGACGGAAGAAGAAACGAGAGAGAAGGCAUGUCCAAGGAAACAGCGGAGAUGAAACGGACAAUUUAGAUGGAGUGAAGAAAUUAAAGAAAAAGCGACGCCCAAAGGCAUUGAAAUCAAGUGAUGCGGGUCAUGAAAACGCAUUUAUAAAUGGAAAUUAUCAUUCUCAUAUCCAGGCUGAAUUGAUUGCAGGAGCUGUACCACCACACGGAAAUAAACUUUGGAUAGGAAAUAAUAACGACUUGCAUCCGAAUAUCACAAACGAUGAACCAAACGAACUGCGUCUUGAUCUAAGUAGCAUCCACGGUGAACGUACAGAACAUGGUAAUGUAAGACAAGAAAAUGGCGUGCCUUUUAAUUCAAAUGCUGAUAUUUUUACCGCAAGUGCAUUUUCCCCACGUGUCAAAACUAACAUUGUUGACAAUGAAAACACAACUAGUGGAAUGUAUGUUAAAAACAAUGGUGCCAAGAAAUCAACAAAAUCACGGUUGAAGCCUAAGCGUGUCAACCUGAAGAGGACGUCUUCCAAGGUGUCAGUGGUCGGCUCCCAGGCUGGUUCCCAGGCUGGCUCCCCACGCUCCUCCCGCCUCGACCCCGCUAAGACGGCCCGCAGCGCCUGGUCCCGCCAGGACACACACGAGGGGAGGGACGGAGAUCAAGCUAGCCGGAAGCCACUGCUGUUCUGCAAACUCAUUGCUAGAUUUCCCGUUGCGUGCUUUACGUUUUUGACGGUGCUACAUGUUGCUGUGAUAGGGCUGACUGUUGGACUGGCCUUCACCGGAUAUGACAUAUUCCCGGCCGUGUUUGACACACUUCCGCUCCACCUGUACAACACCGAACGUCUAAAGGAGCUUUCCUGGAAAUCCAAACAAGUGUUCGACGAUUUUAUAUACAGACCGGUCUACGGGUAUUCCUACAACGCGGGAUACCGGGGGAGGGUCAAGGACACAUUUGAGGUCAUAUUUGAAAGUUCAGAUGGCGGGAACAUUUUCACAGCGGAGAAUCUUGAGCUUAUAAAGCUAACGGAAAAUAAACUGUAUGGUAUGGAAAGGUACAAAGAUGAUUUUUGUUUAUGGGAUCAGUACUACUAUUGUGUACGUCCGCAGUCGUUGAUUCGUCUUUUUGACGGCACGUAUUCGAGCGUUAAUGACGUAUUCUAUGAUCCAACGUUUUCCAACAUCACAGAGGUGAUAUACCAAGCCUCAAUCCACAAUGAAACGCGGGAAUACCUUGAGCUGUUCAUUGGCAAGGACCGCGUGAUAACUCAGGACAAUUGCUACACUUCCAUCACUCGCACCAUGGUGCUUAUGGGCUGGCCCCUCUACAUCAUAGGUGACAAAUAUGGCAAAGAGGAAGACAUUCAACACUUCCUCGAUGAGUCCUUCAAACCGGAAACGGAAAGACUGAGGGAUUUCACACUGGUUGAUUUACUGGAUGUUUAUUAUAUCAGCAAGCUCUUGUAUGAAUAUGAUCUUGUUCAGCAGGCGCUUGAAGACAUUAAACUCGCCAUUGGCAGUGUUCUCUUCAUUUUUGUGUUCAUGUGUUUUCAAACGGGUUCUGUGAUCAUCACUUUUCUCGGCAUUCUGAGUAUUUUCUCUAGUUUUCUUCUCACUAACUUAUUCUACCGAUACAUAUUACAGUACAAGUAUUUUGGAUUUUUCCACGUUAUCGCCAUUUUUCUCAUUUUGGGCAUUGGAGCAGACGACUUGUUCGUAUUUUAUGACACAUGGCGGCUAACGGGACACACAAAGUACCCGGAUGACGCACAUAGGCUGUCGGACUGUUACCGUAAGGCGGCGAAAACGACGUUUGUGACGUCUGUUACUACGAUGACCGCGUUUCUUGUCAGCGGUCUCUCACCGUUGCUGCCAGUUAAAACGUUUGGAAUAUUUUCAGGAAUAUUAGUAGGACUGAACUACCUCUGGGUCAUCCUGUAUUUUCCAACAGUUAUUAUGCUUCACCAUACGAAAACAAAGUUUAUUUGGAUUAAGUUCCGUUCUCUUAUGAAAAAGUGUGGAUCUUGCAUGGGCUUUAAAUGCUGCAACAAUCAAAAAGACGACGGUGUUGACAGAAGACAUAGUCUCGCUAUUUCUGACGCAUCAGAAAGUAAGAGUUUGGCGGACAACAAUAGCACUAGACAAUUAAUUAACGACAACAUCAAAUCCCCGAGCAGCGAAAAAUCAUACGCCAGCGCGCUGCAUUUUCGGCCACAACCUUUACCUCCGAUCGCAAGUAUUUCUUCUGAAUUAGAACCUGGUACAGCUAUAAAUCAAAAUAUGAACAUGGCCUUUAUGCACCAUGUUCCGUCACCAAUAGAUCUUGGGAAAAUCGAGUCGGAAACGAUCCGAGAGGAGUUUGCGGCCCGCCAGCAAAACAAGCCUCGCAAGAACUUCGAGGAUCGGAACAAAGUUGUUGUGUUUCUUAGGAAUGGGUUCUACGACUUCAUGACGAAAAGGGCCGUCAAGAUCACCGUCCCUCUGCUCCUGCUGGCCGUCUCCAUCUUCUUUAUUCACCGAGCCACGCUCAUACAGCCGGACGCACAGCAGGUACGACUAUUCCGAUCAAGCCACAAUUACGCGAAGGCAACGACACGCCACUACGGCUCGUUCCUGCGGGACAAGGACGACGAGUACCAGCGCCUCUACCUGGUCUGGGGUCUUGGAGAGGCGGAUAUCAAAGACUGCGACCUCCGUUCCGGCGAGUAUUGCUUCGGGAAACCAACCUGGGACUCUGAGUUUGACAUGAACAAUGCAGAGGCGCAGCUGGCCACGAAGGCGUUAUGUGAGCGUUUAGAGGGAAUUGAUCGUGAUUACGCGGAAACUUUGCGGAUCCAGUGGGACCAGGUGACCGGAAAGCCUCGUAUCCACUGCUUCACCGCUGACUUCGAAGAUUACUUCCAGCUUAAGCUGUCCGAAGUACAAGGUUACACCAACGUCAGUGAUCUCGGCCUGCCCGUCUCUUCCACCAAUGUGAGCGCGUUAAUGGCCGCCAAUCCGUAUAUAUACAGGGAAUCGCUGCCAGACGACUUCCAAGACUACUUCGAGAUCCUGGUGGAGUACUGGCUGACGAACGGUUACUCUCUGACACCGACCGCCGACUACCUCAAGUAUAACUGGCUGCUAGGUACCACGAAGGUUCCCAACCAGACCCACAAUGCCUUCUACCCUUUUUCUGGCUUGUAUUACGGCACACGUCUCAAGUACAUGGCUGUGGAAGUGAACACCACGAUGAAUGUGUUCAGUCUCGGGUUCGACGAGGGGCUUCCGGUCUACGAUCAGUGGGAGCACAUUAUCGCCGACAUUAAUGCCAAUAUGCCCCCACCACUGAAAAACGGAAUACAACUUACCGAAUCACUUUGGCACUGGCUGUUUGUGCAGAAGACGCUGGCGGACUCAGCUAUUACGGGGAUCCUUGUGGGGUUACUGUCCGCCUGGCCGAUUUUAGUAUUCACGACUCUUAACAUCGCUAUCGGCACGAUUGCCGCCGUCACCAUCGGCCUCGUCACCGCCUGUGUCAUCGGCAUCAUCCCGCUCGCUGGCUGGAAACUUGGGGUGCUGGAGUCCAUAAACCUGUGUAUGGUGGUAGGCCUAUCAGUGGACUACAUCGUCCACCUUGCGGAGGCAUACCGGUCCUCACCGUCCACACGCCGGGCCGACAGGGUCCGUUACAUGCUCGAGUCAAUCGGCCUCUCCGUCAUCUCGGGAGCCAUCACAACUAUUGGCGCCGCGGUGUUCAUGCUGUUCGCCCAAAUCCAGUUCUUUUUCCAGUUUGGUAUAUUCAUCAUCACGACCGUGGGGAUCGCUCUCGUGUUCUCCCUGUUCGGAUUUACAACUUUCCUCUCUCUCUUCGGGCCCGAAGAAAACACCGGUUCCGUCCUAGCCCUUGCAACUGGGUGCUACCGCAUGGUCGCCAAGCGUGAGAAUGACAUUGACAAUGAAAAAGACGGCGCUGAAAAAGAACGCUGCCGGAAGUGGCCCUGUGCGUCGCCGUCCAUCAUAUUGGACCGGUUCUAUGAUUGGCUCAGCUAUGGAUAUCUAAAAUGAACUUUUUAGUACUAGUAGUGUAUGAGGAAGUAAGAAAUAGUUUGUUUAGGCUAAAUGACCAAAUAUUCCAACAGACCUUUGGAGGAAUAAUUGGGUUAUUUAUUUUACUUCUUCUGCUGUUAUUUCAUUACACGAAGAACAACAGUUCGGUUCUUUGGGUGUGAAAAUAUUAAGUUUGAUACUAUUGCUGACACUUGUGAUACCUACAAAAACGUCUUUCAGUGAUAAUGUGAUGCACUUCUUGUUGUUCAUAAUAUUUAUAUUAUAUUUGUAUUGUUUUGAUACUAUUCAUAUUUUGUUUUAUUCAAAUACUUUCUUAAAUGAUUGUAACAAUAAAACGUUUUUCUAAUCGUUGUAUAUUUCAGACUUAAAUUCCGACAAGGUCAAUAGAAUCAUCUCAAACCAUCGUAACACUUGCGGAUAAAAUGUGGUGCAUGAACGCUUCGUGCUUCCCCUUUUAGACCAGUAGAAAGAGAAAACGUACAAUUUAUGUUCCACCUUGGUUCAGCUCAUAAACCACUUUUAUCAUAAGCUGAC